AUGGGUGGCGCGUUGGGCAAGCUUUGUUCAGCUUCAAGCGUACAGGCCGUUGGAUCUGUUCUCGACCGAGUAAUUUCACAGCCUAGCAGUGAAGAUCAUACUGUUCUCUAUAAGCUCGCGGAUUAUAAAAAAGGAGGUUUGUUGUUGGAAACAUACGCUAAAAGUGGUAUGAUGGCAGCGGAGAAGUUAAUACGUGAAGAAUUUGCAGCAUAUAUGUACGCGGGUGGACAAGGAAGAGUUAUCAAUCGUGCAGAGUAUUUACGGUGGAAAUUUAGAGACCAAGAACAAGUGGUGUUGCCAAUAGAAGCUUCACUGUCUCCACACGAUCCACUCGCGAAAUGGGAAGAUCACACUGCAUGCUGGCAAAUGAGUUACCGUGGAGCGCUUGGAGAGUCUCUAUUACAUGUCCUUAUUAUAUGUGACACCAAGAUACACACAAGACUAGCCCGGACACUUGUAAAAUGUUUUCCAAAGUUAUCACUGGACGUUGUUGAAGGCGAAGAAUAUUUGGGCGCGAGUUCCUUACAUCUUGCGAUCGCAUACAGCAAUAAUGAAUUAGUCCAAGAUUUAGUGGAAGCUGGUGCAGAUGUAAAUCAAAAAGCUAUCGGUAGUUUUUUCCUUCCACGUGACCAGCAACGUGUUCCACCAGUUCGUCAAACAAAUUACGAAGGUCUUGCGUAUUUAGGAGAAUACCCCCUUGCCUGGGCUGCUUGUUGCGCUAACGAAGCAGUAUAUAACCUUCUAUUGGACUCAGGAGCAGAUCCUGAUUCACAGGAUUCCUUUGGAAAUAUGAUACUUCAUAUGGUUGUUGUGUGUGAUAAAUUGGACAUGUUUGGCUAUGCCCUUCGACAUCCAAAACUCCCAGCGAGCAAUGGCAGAAUAAAUAAAGCAGGUUUCACACCAUUGACUUUGGCUUGUCAGUUGGGCCGAGCUUCUGUAUUUAGAGAGAUGUUAGAACUUUCUUCUAGAGAAUUCUGGAGAUACUCAAAUAUAACGUGUUCUGCUUAUCCUCUUAAUGCAUUGGAUACGCUGCUACCCGAUGGACGAACCAACUGGAAUUCUGCUCUUUUUAUUAUUCUAAAUGGCACUAAGCAAGAACACUUGAACAUGCUAGACGGUGGUAUAAUUCAAAGACUUUUGGAAGAAAAAUGGAAGACAUUUGCAAGAACGAAAUUUCUCAAACGACUUCUCAUUUUAAUGCUCCAUCUGCUUUUACUCUCAAUAUCUGUGUACCUCCGACAUAGUAGUUUGGAAGCUGAUGCCCAUCCUGAUUGGGGACUUGAGGUGUACGAUGCUAGAAGUGGAAUACGUCUAGCUACUGAACUGGGCACUAUUAUAAGUACAUUAUGUUACAUUAUUUUACAACAAGGAGAUGAAAUUAAGAAUCAAGGUCUAAUUGCAUACUUUAAGCAGUUGAUACACGAACCAGCGAAGUUUAUCUUUUUAGCUUCAAAUCUGCUACUUUUAGCUUGUAUUCCAGCUCGUUUGAGUCGAAGAACAACACUCGAAGAAGCAAUACUUAUAUUCGUACUGCCUGGAUCCUGGUUUCUGCUAAUGUUUUUUGCUGGAGCUGUGAAACUAACUGGUCCCUUUGUAACUAUGAUAUACAGUAUGAUCACAGGUGACAUGUUUACUUUUGGAAUUAUCUACUGCAUCGUCCUUUUUGGAUUUUCACAGUCGUUUUACUUUUUAUACAAAGGUUUUCCUAGUGUUCAAUCAACACUAUUUUCAAGCUAUCCAAGUACGUGGAUGGCUUUGUUUCAAAUAACUUUGGGCGACUAUAGUUAUUCGGACCUUGGUCUAACAACAUAUCCGAAUCUUUCAAAAACGGUAUUCGCAGUAUUCAUGGUAUUUGUACCAAUACUGUUGCUUAACAUGCUGAUCGCCAUGAUGGGUAACACGUAUGCACAUGUCAUUGAACAGUCCGAAAAGGAAUGGGUAAAGCAGUGGGCAAAAAUAGUGGUGUCACUUGAGCGAUCUGUGUCCCAAGAGGACGCACAUCGUUAUCUUCAAGAGUAUUCAAUAGGGUUGGGUCCAUCGGAUGAUCCUCGAUAUGAACAACGAGGAGUUAUGGUUAUCAAGAGUAAAGCCAAAACCAGAGCUAAGCAGAGGAAAGGGGCUCUGGCUAAUUGGAAGCGAGUUGGAAAAGUAACUAUAGCUGAGUUGCGCAGAAGAGGGAUAACUGGCGAAGAAUUGCGGCGACUAAUGUGGGGCAGAGUUUCUAUAUCUACACCAACUAAAGCCCCUUUGGUACGUAUUCCUCCUCCGGAAAUAGUAAAUACAGCAGAAGGUCCAGAAGCUGGAGUAGGACCAGCUUUGUCUUCUGCUCUUAAUGUUAUGGCAUUCACACACGAUCUUGAUCUGACUAAUACAACGUCAAUUUCAGAAAGUCAAAAGCAAUCAACACCUGACCUUCUUGUUAACGGUCAGAUUCCGAGAACGAAUCUUCCUCAAAAUCAAACAAUGACGAAUCAUAUGACUUCACAAAACCAGCUAUUAAUGGUUUCUACAAAUCAACCACAAACAAAAAGUGACCUUGAAAUGAGAAUACCCUCAAAUUUACCUUCGUCUGGAAACAACCAACCACAAAUGCCGAUGAAAAAAGAUGCUCUGACGGUUACUUUGCCGACUCAAGAUCUUCAAACGAUACAAAAUAUAAAACCAUCAGGCAUAAAUGAAAAGGUCUACAGAGACUAUCUCCGCGAAUUGAUGGCUAUGGAGCAAAAACUAGACCCGAAUGAUGAAAAAUUGAAAAUGUUAGCAGAAAAAGCCGCUAAUCUUGUCGACGUACCAGAGAUCGAUAUUAACGUAACGAUUGCGGUAAAAUCAGCUCGUUUAGUAGUAGCAGGCGCAAUGUCUGGUUUAUUCGGGGUUGCAGCUGAUAUACCGGCACCGGAUUCCGGCUGGAAACGUGAUCGACAAGAGCACACUGAUAGUGAACCAGUACCAGACUCAAUAGUGCUGGGUCGCGCCGCUCGGGCUCGCCGAGCGCGUACGGCCUCCCGUCGCGCACCGCCUCCUCCACCACAUCUCUACGUACCGGCCAGAUCUAUGUAUUUUGCAGCAUCGGAAAGUAGUGCCGUUGAAAGUGACGUUCCAUUAGAGGAUCAACUGAGCUCCGGAAAUAAUUCAGCAAUUGGAACAAAACGCGACAAUCUAAUGAAAGCAGCAAGACCCUUAUGUAUUCAGAAUGCUACAGGGCAAGCCCAAGACGAGUAUUCAUUAUUUGUCGUAGGGCCAGGAAAUGGCGCGGAAGUUGAAAGCGUCGCUCCAACUCGAACAGUUAAAAAUAAAUCGAAGAAAAGACGUCCAAAAACUGCACGGCCUCGUCAAAAUAGAGUAUCUCCGGUGUUGGAUACAGGAAGUCCGCUGGAACCAUGGGCGACUGCCCCAUUAUCGAGGCUUUCUCGUUUGAUUCGCUCUAGCAGCUCUUCUUUGUUGAAAGAAACUCACUCAUCAAUAGACAGCUCGUUGGAAAAGUAUUGAUUUACUAUUUUAGUAAAUAGUCGUAAUCACAUUAAAGUAUGUAAGUAAAACUA